AUCAUGUGUGGUAUUUUUGCCGUAUACAACUAUCAAGGUGACGCCGAAGCCUAUCGUCAACGUGCUUUAUAUCUUUCAAAAAAGAUCAGACACCGUGGUCCUGAUUGGUCUGGCUGUGUGAUUGCAAACAACCACAUCUUUUCUCAUGAACGUCUUGCUAUUGUCGGCCUCAGCUCUGGUGCUCAACCCAUCGUCAGCGAAGACGGCAACUUGAUCCUCUGUGUUAACGGUGAGAUCUAUAACCACAAGCAAUUAAGAAACCAAUUAAAGGAAGAUUAUGAUUUCAAGACUGAAUCUGACUGUGAAGUUAUUAUGCACGGUUACAAGGAAUUAGACAAAGAUAUUGUUCAACACCUGGACGGUAUGUUCUCUUUUGUUCUCUUGGACAAGACUCGUAACCGUAUUAUCGCUGCUCGUGAUCCUAUCGGUAUCACUACCCUUUACUACGGCUGGAACUCCAAGAUGCCUGGUACUGUCUAUUUUGCCUCUGAACUCAAAUCAUUGAACGAAGACUGCGAUAAGAUCCUGGCUUUCCCUCCUGGUCAUAUCUAUGACUCCGACACCCAAGAGACCACUCGUUGGUUCAACCCUAGCUGGUGGAAUGGCGACCGUGUGCCUACGAACCCUGUCAACUAUACAGUGUUGAGAGAAGCCCUCGAAAAGGCUGUCCGUAAGAGAUUGAUGGCUGAAGUACCUUAUGGUGUUCUUUUGUCUGGUGGUCUUGAUUCCAGUUUGAUUGCUUCUAUUGCUGCUCGUGAAACUGAGAAGAUCGCUGCUGGUUACAGAGGAUCUGACAGUGACGUUGAAAACUUUGAUGAAAGUGGUCCUCGUUUAUGGCCUCGACUCCACUCAUUCUCUAUUGGUCUCCCGGGGUCCCCCGACUUGAUCGCCGCUCGUGAAGUCGCUAAACAUUUGAAGACAGUUCACCACGAAUACACAUUCACGAUCCAAGAAGCCCUGGACGCUGUGAGCGAUGUGAUUUAUCAUUUGGAAACCUACGACGUCACAACCAUCCGUGCCUCAACCCCCAUGUACCUCUUGUCUCGUAAGAUCAAGGCUAUGGGCGUCAAGAUGGUCUUGUCCGGUGAAGGUGCCGAUGAAGUCUUUGGCGGUUACCUCUACUUCAACAAUGCACCCGACAAGGAAUCCUUCCAUGCUGAAACAGUCACACGUGUCAAGAACUUGCAUACUGCCGAUUGUCUUCGUGCCAACAAAUCUACCAUGGCCUGGGGUGUCGAAGCCCGUGUGCCCUUCUUGGACAAGCAAUUCCUGGAGGUCUCUAUGAACAUUGACCCUGCCGAAAAAUUACAUGACCGUAGCAAGGGACGCAUGGAGAAGUAUAUCCUGAGAAAGGCAUUUGACACCUCUGACGAGCCCAACGCAAAGCCUUACUUGCCUAGCGAGAUUCUCUGGCGUCAAAAGGAACAGUUCUCAGACGGUGUUGGAUACAGCUGGAUUGAUACCCUCAAACAAGUCAGUGAGAACAAGGUCUCAGAUGAUGAAUUCUCUCAAGCCUCUGCUCGCUGGACCAAGGACGUGCCUACGACCAAGGAAGCUUACAUGUACAGAGUCAUGUUUGAACAAUGGUAUCCUCAAGAAGCAUGUACAGCUUCUGUCGUCAGAUGGAUUCCUAGAGGCGAUUGGGGUUGUCCUGAGGACCCUUCAGGUCGUGCUCAAAAGGUCCAUGAUGCUGCUUAUAUCAAGAAAUAGACACUGUACAUUAUUGCAACCAUACAUAUAGAAUGAG